CCCGGGCGAAUCGCGAGCGUGCGAUUUCCGAAUUUCUUUUUGUGUUUUUUGUUUAUUUUUUUUUCAUCAAUUUCGAAGAUUUUGGUUCAGGGGAAAUCGGGAGGUGUGGUGCGAAGGAGGAUAAGUCUGUGGUGAUUUGACGAAAGGAGACGAGCGGUGGGAGAGAUUUUGGCGUCGGAAACUUCGUAUCUCUGAGCUGAAUUUCUGUGUCUUUCUUCGUCUUCUUCACUCUCUCUCUCUCUCUCUCUCUUUCUCUGUCUCUAGUCUCUCCUAUGAUGGCAGAGCUCUGCUUGAUGGCUUCGCAUGGUUAUCCUCCGGGGAUCGUCCUCAGUCAGGAACCAGGCGCGAGCAGAGUCAUGAAGGAUCUUCAGCCAUUUUUGCCUGGUGCUGGGACAAGACAAGACAUUAUAAGGUUGGGAUCCAUGACCAUCAGUCCUAAUCAAUUGAAGGAGUCAGUGGAACCCCUGAAUGGACGGUUUGCAGCGAAACAGUGUGUGCAGAGUGAUUCUGCGGAGAAAGAUCCUGUGAUUCUAGAUUUGCAAGGUAUGCACUCAGAUGCUGUGCCCCUAGGCACUGGAAUUGCCAAACAAUUCACCCUGCAGAGAGAAGUGUUUGACAUUAGCAUGUCUGGGUUGAGUUAUGCAGAAAAGGCUGGACUAGAUAUGUCUCCACUAUCUCAUUUAACGGGUCUUCAAUCAGUGGAAACUGACAUGCAUCGCCUGCCCAUCAUUCCUUCUCUCGUCUACCCUAACUUUCAAUUUUCCACUCAGAGCGCUCUCUCAGACUUCAUGGGAGAUUUGGUUCGAAAUUCAAAGAUAACCAUUGACUCCGAUGGUAGAGUCUUGAUCGCAGAUAGUGGGGCUGAGAUGAGGGAUCUUCUCUCAAUUGUAGCGGAGUUUUACCUAUCAAGGAACUUAACUCGAGGGAGAAAGCUUUCAAUGCCAGUUCCUUACUUCAGUAGGGAAAUGUUUGACAAACCAAGGAUUCACAUCCAUGGGUCUUCCUUGAAGCUUGAAGCUAAUGCAGUUGCUCCUGUAAAAAGUCCUGAAAAGAGCAAGCUCAAGCAAUUAUCAAGGAAAAAGAACAGCAGAAAAGUGAGUAGAGAGAGGGAUCUGUUCAAAAGAAAUUACUUCCAUGCAUGCGAAAGCCUUCUCUCCAUCCUGGUGGACAAGAAACGGCAGGGGAAAACUGCAGUUCUUUCACUCAAGAAAGCUGGACCGGAACUUCCUGAGCUCCUGAACCAGUUCUCUGCAGGCAUUGCUGGUACAGGCAUAGCUGUUCUCUUUUCUGUUAUCUGUAAGGUGGCCUGUGGACGUGUUCCUUUUUGUGCAUCCAAAAUGCUAAGCACUGGGUUUGGGUUUGGACUGGUUUGGUUGUCCUGGGCGGUGAAUAGACUGAGGGACACAGCUAUUGCCAUCGGCAAGAAUCCUGGAAAAUUGAGCUUGAAUGAAGAUGAGAUGGUGAAGAAAGUGGAUAAAAGCGUGAGGGAGAUAUACUUUAGAGCUGCCACUCUAAUGGCUGUGGCUGUGCUGAGGUUUGUUUGAGCAUUGGGCUUAUCACUUCCAUGGAGGGAGGAUGGUUUGAGAGCUUCUGGGAUGCAGUCAAAAGUUGUGAUUCGUGAUUGAACCUGUAAAUGGUGUAAUUAGUUUGGGUAACUAAUACCUUAGGUCUGUCUGGAGGGGAAGGAAUUUUGCUGAAGUCUUUAAGUGAUUGGGCUCAAGUGAUGAUCUGGUAGAAAGUCCAAAGCAGUCAAUUCCGACAUGAUCUUGAGCUCGCCUUAAAGUGUUGUCGUACCUAAGAUGCCAUAAAUUAGCUUGUGCAUUAACCAAGCUGAGUUUUGCGUGGCUAGAGAUACUCUGUCUUUAACGUAGUUCUCUGUAUGGUAAUCUUUUCAUUCGAUACAAGAGUAUACUGGAUUUUGUGAUUUUCUAAUCUAAUUCCAUCUUGAUCUGC